AUGGAUGUGUUGGGAUCCGAGAUGCAGAACAAGUAUUCCGAGGGAUACCCAGGAGCCCGUUACUAUGGUGGUAACCAGUUCAUUGACCAGGGUGAGAGUUUGUGUCAGAAACGAGCUCUUGAAGCGUUUGGUUUGUCCAGUGACAAAUGGGGAGUCAAUGUCCAAGCCCUAUCAGGAGCACCUGCUAAUUUAUACGCGUACUCAGCUAUUGCAGAGGUUGGCGAUAGAAUCAUGGGUCUUGAUUUGCCUCAUGGAGGCCAUCUCAGUCAUGGAUACCAGACUCCUACCAAGAAGAUCUCGAUGAUUUCCAAGUACUUCCAGACCAUGCCCUACCGUUUAGACGAAUCUACUGGUCUUAUUGACUACGACACCUUGGCCAAGACUGCUCAAUUGUUCCGUCCCAAGAUUAUUGUUGCUGGAGCAUCUGCUUACUCGAGAAACAUCGACUAUAAACGAUUCAGAGAGAUUGCUGAUUCGGUCGGUGCUUAUCUUCUUGCCGAUAUGGCCCAUACUUCGGGUCUGGUUGCUGCUGGUGUUGCAGUUUCUCCUUUCGAGUAUGCCGAUAUUGUCACCACCACAUCGCACAAAUCGCUCCGUGGCCCUCGUGGUGCUAUUAUCUUCUUCCGUAAGGGAGUCAGAAGCACUGAUAAGAAGGGUAAAGAGACUCUUUACGAUUUAGAGAGUAAAAUCAACUUCUCGGUGUUCCCUGGUCAUCAAGGAGGUCCUCAUAACCAUACCAUCACUGCCCUUGCUGUUGCACUUGGCCAAGCAGUGACUCCCGAGUUUAAAAAGUACCAAGAGAACGUUGUUGAGAACGCCAAAGUGUUUGCAUCCGCUCUGCAGAAACUGAAUUACAAGCUUGUUUCUGACGGUACUGAUAACCACUUGAUCCUGGUGGACCUGAAACCCAACAAGAUCGAUGGUGCUCGUGUCGAGACGAUUCUCGAGCUCGUCAACAUCGCUGCCAACAAAAACACCGUUCCCGGAGACAAAUCCGCCCUCGUGCCUGGCGGUAUCCGUGUCGGCACACCUGCCAUGACCACCAGAGGUUUCACGACCGCCGACUUCGAAAAGGUAGCUAGCUACAUCGACCGGGCCGUCAAAAUUGCUGUGUCCAUCAAAGAAGACGCUGCCUCCAAAGGCCUCAAGCAAAAGGUGGCCGAGUUCCGCGCCGCUGCCGAGACCCUGCCCGAGGUCGAGCAGCUCAAAAACGAGGUUACCGAAUGGGCCCUUACCUUCCCCGUCCCUGGCGACCUGUAA